CUUAACACUCGUGUUACUUUUCUCCACCACAACUCUCUACGAUCUUCUCAACUUUAAAGAGUUUCUUUAGGGCUUUGUUUGUGUUCCCUCAAAAAUCAAUGGCUCUUAAAGACUCUCUUGCGCUCCUCCUUCUCUUCAACAUCCUUUUCUUCACUCUCACUACUGCCACUCGCAGUACCAAUUGUCCUCCUCCACCAGGAAAACACAACAAACAAAAACCUAGCCCAACACCCACUACCGGGACUUGUCCUAAAGAUGCCUUAAAGGUCGGUGUUUGUGUUAACGCACUCAACUUGUUAAACGGUUUGACCCCCGGAACUCCUCCUGUGACUCCAUGUUGCAGCCUUAUCGAGGGUUUGGUAGAUCUUGAAGCUGCGAUUUGUCUUUGCACUGCUCUCAAGGCUAGUGUUCUUGGCAUCAACCUUACCCUUCCCAUCAACCUCAGCUUGCUUCUCAAUAUUUGCAACAGAGAGGCAUCACGUGACUUCCAAUUCCCUUAAAAUCAAUACGUUGAUAUAUAAGUUACGUACCAUGAAAAAUCUUGAAUGUUUUAUCCUUAUACGUUUUCUUUUGUGCUCGUUUAAUUGAAUUGGUCAAUUUCAUGAAGAACAUCAAUGGGUUUGUGUUGUUUACUUUUUGUUGUAUCGCAAAUAAUUUGUUCAUUUCUCCUAUUGAAUAAAAUAUCGAUGAUUUGUUUUUU